UCCGUAAUCUUAAUGUCAGCUGUUUUGCCCAUUGGCCACGCAACCAGUUCAAGUCUUUCUUUUCCAAGGAGAAGUCAAAAUGGGUGGGUUUUUUUCUAGCUUGUUUUCUUCGUUAUUUGGUCAAAAAGAGCUUCGUAUUCUCAUCCUUGGCUUGGAUGGCGCUGGUAAAACUACGAUAUUGUACAGACUUCAAGUCGGUGAAGUUGUAACUACGAUACCAACCAUAGGAUUCAAUGUUGAAACAGUCACCUAUAAAAAUCUUAAAUUUCAAGUCUGGGAUCUUGGAGGUCAGACCAGUAUACGGCCUUACUGGAGAUGCUACUAUUCCAAUACAGAUGCUAUAAUAUAUGUUGUUGAUAGUGUGGACAGAGAGAGAAUAGGAAUAUCAAAACAGGAGCUUGUUAGCAUGUUAGAGGAGGAUGAGCUGAAAAAAGCAAUUCUUGUUGUGUUUGCAAAUAAACAGGAUAUGGAAGGAGCAUUAUCAUCUACUGAAGUAUCAAAUGCGCUUGGAUUAUCAGCACUAAAAAAUCGAACAUGGGCAAUCUUCAAGACAUCUGCUGUUAAGGGAGAGGGUCUUGAUGAAGCUAUGGAAUGGCUUGUAGAUGCUCUGAAAGCAAGACAGUAGUCUACAAUGUAUUUUUAAAUCAUUAUCUUGUACUAUACAGUAUAAAACACCAAGCACCAUCUUCAUAAUUUGAACUAGAUUGAGUGACGUUAUUUAUUGGUUGCUCUCAUACAAGCCUUGGUCUCCAUGACCACAUCAUUUAUAAUUGGUAUCCAUGGUGAUAAAACAUAGAGUCAAAAAAUUUAAUGUUAAAUUAUACAUCUUAAUAACGUAAUUACUUUUUUGGCCAAAAAAGGAAGAAAGAACAUAAGAAAGGUAUUUCUUUUCUAUGUUUCAAGGUCAAUGUGAUGCUUUUGUGCAGAAGUGUUCUUUAUUCUCUUGUCAAUAAAACAAUUACUAGUUUACUUUACAUAUCAAUUAUUUUGUAGCAUUCAGGGUAUUGCUUACAUGUCGUAAUAUGAACAUUUUAAAGACUCUGGUUUAUUUGACGUACAAACAUCCUGCUUAGUACUGUAAUAUGGAACCAUGUUAAUAUUUUAUAAUCAAUAAAAACGCAGGAUCAAAUAGAA